CAGUAAAGAAACAGCAUCACUUUGAGACAAUCUUAUCGAAGAGUGCACAAACUGACAGCGUCUAUCAUAUUGACGUGAAAUAUUUUUCUUUGUUAUUUUAACAUUUUGAUCUUAUUUAAGGAUGGAGAAAAUGAGCUACACGUUCAGUCAGCACUAUGAGGAAAAAAUCCGCCCUUGCAUCGACACUAUCGACAAUUUACGGUCUUUGGGAGUCGAAAAGGACCUGGCGUUGCCUGCCAUCGCCGUCAUUGGAGACCAAAGCUCAGGAAAGAGCUCUAUUCUAGAGGCGCUGUCAGGAGUAGCGUUACCCAGGGGUAGCGGAAUUGUUACACGAUGCCCUCUUGAGCUCAAGAUGAUAAGAACUAAAAGCAAAGAAUGGCAUGGGAGAAUCAGUUACAAGAACCAUAAGGAAGACAUUAAACACCCAGCAGAAGUGGAGAAAAUGAUUCUUAAAGCCCAGGAUGAGAUGGCUGGAGCAGGUGUUGGUAUUAGUGAUGAACUCAUCAGUCUGCAGAUCACCUCUGCCAAUGUUCCUGACCUCACUCUCAUCGACCUUCCCGGGAUCGCUCGAGUGGCAGUCAAGGGUCAACCUGAGAAUAUUGGAGAUCAGAUUAAGAGUCUGAUCAAGAAGUUUGUUACAAAGCAAGAAACCAUUAACCUGGUUGUGGUGCCAUGCAAUGUUGACAUCGCGACCACAGAAGCAUUGCAGAUGGCUCAGGAGGAGGACCCUGAGGGCGAAAGGACUUUAGGCAUCUUAACAAAGCCAGACCUGGUGGAUAAAGGCACUGAAGGGACAGUGGUAGACAUUGUGCACAACGAGUUCUUUCCCCUUGCUAAAGGCUACAUGAUUGUAAAGUGCAGGGGACAAGAAGAGAUUACAAAUAAGGUUAAUCUCAGUUUGGCCACAGCAAAAGAGAAUGUCUUCUUCAAAGACCAUCCUCAAUUCAGCAAACUCUAUGAAGAAGGUUUUGCUACUAUUCCUAAGUUGGCUGAGAGACUAACAAUUGAGUUGGUUCAUCACAUUCAGAAAUCCUUGCCUAAUUUAAAAAAGCAAAUUGAGGCAAAGCUCAAUGAAACACAGAUGGAACUGGACAAAUAUGGCAACAGACUACCUUCAGACCCUGCAGACAGACUGAACUUUCUUAGUGGUAAAGUUAUAGCUUUCACAACUGAUACUGUCAAGCUGAGCAAAGGGGAAUCAGUUACAUGUGGAUCAGAUCUACUGAUUUUUCCAAAACUUCGUGAAGAAUUUGCAAAAUGGAAUGGCUUCUUGGAUGACUCAGGAAAAUCAUACAUAAAUAUGAUAACCAACUUUGAAGCCUAUCGAGGAAGGGAGCUUCCAGGAUUCAUCAAUUACAGUACCUUUGAAGAACUUGUUGGCGAACAGAUCAAGCUGUUGGAAAAACCUGCCAUAGAGACACUGAAGGCCAUCUCCGAUGUGGUUAGAGAGAAGUUCAUCCAACUGGCCCAGUACAGCUUCAAAGGAUUUCCUAAUCUUCUGCAAAUAGUAAAGACUAAGAUCGAAAACAUCAAGCAGGAGAAAGAAUCCCAGGCAGAAUCCAUGCUGAGGACCCAAUUCAAGAUGGAGCUCACUGUUUACAGUCAAGACGGCACAUACAGCCAGAGCCUGCAACAUGCAAAGAAUAUGGUGAAAAAGGAUGAAAAAACUAAAGAAAGUGUUAACUGGAUGAGUGCAGGCAUUAACACAGACACUGAUGUCUCCUUGCGUGAGAUGAGGUUGCACCUUGAGUCCUACUACUCGAUUGCAAGCAAGCGUCUAGCUGACCAGAUCCCAAUGGUGAUUCGCUAUCUGCUGCUCCAGGAAGCAGCUUUGGAGCUGCAAAGGAACAUGUUGCAGUUGCUGCAAGAUAAAGAUGGUGUUGACUUCCUGCUUAAAGAAGACUUUGACAUUGGCCAAAAGCGGGAGAGCUUACUGAGUCGCCAGAAACGCCUGAAUGAAGCACGCAGCCUCUUGAAUAACUAUUAGAAUUCACUUCAUAUAGUUGAUUGCAACAGUUUUAAUGCAACAAAAUCAUAUGCUCAAGAGGUUAUAGCUUGAAAUAUUCAGCAUGGGGAACAACCCUGUAAACUUAUGCUGAGCUCUUUGUAGCAACCUGUGUGGCUUCAAGAGAGCAACCACACAUUUUUUUUUUCUUUUAAAUUCAUUCAUUUAUAAUCAUUUAUGAUUUUAUUAUUCUAUUUAAUCAUUUAAAACAUAUAUUUGCUCAUUACAUUGAUUCAUUCAUUAAUCAGUUUAUAUUAUAUUUUAUACUAUUUUCCAUACUGUUUAGUCUUAUGUUGUGUGCUGUGCUGUCUUUGCGGGUUAGAGAUGAGAGUCUUUUAACAUCACAGGAUGAUGUUGUGAAGCAGUGAUUUUCCAUUGCUAUUGCUUUUGGUAUAAUAACACUUGUUGGAUUUGUGCUGGUCAGAUGCAGUUUUACUGAGCAUUGAAACAGACACAACUAUGAUUAUUAAAUAAACUUUUCUCAUUUUACCAUCA